AUGAUAGGGAUAUCUCAGUUGCUAAAUCACACUGAUGAAGUGUCGGACGAAAAAAGAGAUCUACUGCUACUGAUACCUAGAUCGGGAUCGAGUUCACUCCUCAGCUCAGCUCCUAGCUCGGAUGCAAGUUCGGUCAUCGACAAACCUUCUUUGGGAAGACAACGCAGCUCAUCUGCAACGAAAUUUGCAAUAAAUGAGCCUUUAGUAGAGCGUACCUCAACCAGGUCAACAUGCUCGAGUCUUGGAACGUCACGCACGUCGGCUCUGCUGUUUCCCUUCGAAGGAAGCAAAUAUGUUUCAUCGACGGCAUUACCUCGCCAAAGAAUCAAGAAAAAGUUUUUGGUGGAAAAGAAGUUGGUGAAACUUGCUAUUAGGAGAAAGCUGGUUGCUAAAAAGAAUACAGAACAUCAUUUGAACCUGAAGCUUCAUUUAAGGUCAUUAGAGGCCGGCCUUAAAGUGAAACUAACCCUCGCACCAUCAAUGUCAGCCUUGUAUAAUUCAUUAACGCCGCACACCAAUCAAAAGAAGAUAGAGUCAUUGUUUGAAUCGGAUUAUAUGAGUUUUAGCCAUGACUUGGGUGAUUCGUAUCAUCCGUCGAAUCAUUUGGUUUCAAAGGGAGUACAAUUGAUUGAUAACAACUUGGUCAAGUUGUCCGACUUUUCCAAUAAGGUUUUACAGAAUUUCAGUUUAAAUAAGAAAAGUCCCGAAGAAUAUGAUGCAAAAGCUGCAAAUCCAACCUUCAACUCAUUGAAAACGGCAAUUAAUUCGUUAUUUGGGGCCAAGCAGUCAACUUUGAUAAGAGUAACUCGCUCAACGACGGACGAUCUAGGUGGUUCGGUAUUGUUGAAGUUAGAAACUGCAAGACCAGGGGAUUACAAAUUAAUCGAUGAUGAAGGGUUUUUUGAUGAAAUGUUUUGUAGCAUCGGUUCUAGUGGCGAAGACCCAAAUAGUUUGUUUGUCAAGAAAGUACUUGCCAGACCAAGAUACAAAUCCGGUAUGAAAUUAUAUUUGGUGCCCUAUGAUAUCAAUUGUUCGCUUUACACUGACGAAAGAAUGUUGGAAAGAGAUUUGAUUAACGGUGUUGUGAGUUUAGAAUCGAAUGAUAAAGCAAUCUAUACAACAUUUCCCUCUUCUCAGAUACUUAAUGAUUUCAAAGACUUAGUUCAAUUGAACUACAAUUCUAAUGACAAUGAAGAUAAUGAACGUUUUACGAAUAGCUCUGCAGAGCAAUCUAAUAUAACUGACCCAAUUCACGUUAACGAAAGACCAAAAAUACAAUAUCCGCAAACAUUAGCCGGAACUUUUAAUAGACCAGAUUUGGUUUCCAUAGCCCAUUCUUCAUCAGGAAGCAACACGUCGUCGACAUCACGUCCAAGCUUGUCCCUGAUAUCAUCGUCAUCGAGUUCUGUAUUUAGUGGUAUCAAUAAUUCUUCUAGAAUUGUUUUACCAAAUCCAUCACUACAAUCGAAUUCACCUUCUGCUAUGCUUGCAGAACCAUUUCCAAUAAAGAAUGCUACACAGUCAGCUAUGAAAUCCCCGCAUCUUACUUCCGAAUCAACUUUGCCACAAGAAUAUAUUUGA